UUUUUUUUUAAGAGAUUUUAUGACCUGGUAACUAAGACCUUUAAGUCAUGUCUUAUAUUCUUAAUUUUAUGAAAAAUGAUAAUAUGGAGUGAAAUGAAAUGAAGAUGAUUAAUUUGAAACAUUAAUCAACUGGGAUGAAAUUAAAUGAAAUGAGAUGAUAUGGGAUGAAAUAUAAUCGCAGUAAAAUGGUGGUCAUUUACUGAGAUUUUUUCAGUGGACUUUUUGGAGGAACCCGAGAAGUUACGUCCAGCAGCUUUGUUUCAUUUUCCCACAUUUGUGCACUUUCACAGAUAUUAAACAGUUAAUAAACCACCGUUAUUACACAUUUAAACCUGAAGAAACACUAAAUAGACAAAAUAAAACAAAUCACACAACUUCACUCCUCGCGUUCCCGCCAAAAAGUCCUUUAUUGUCCAGUGUCCACAUUUAGCAUAGAUUAUUCAAUGCAUUUAGUCAUUUAUUAAAUUUCGCGUAGUGAUGGUUUAAGUAUCCCAGUUUUUACUUGUUAACGUUGGCAUGUAAAUUUAAGAAGAACAUAAUUCCUAACAGCUGCAUUUGUAAUUAAAAUUUCUUUCUUGAGUUAACUUCUUCCGUCAAAGAUCUUAUACAUAAUUAUUAUUCUGAAAGACAUGUACCGAUAACUUUGUAACCUUUCGGUGUUUUGUUGAAAGCGUAGUUUGGAUGCUCCAGUGCUUAGCUAGUUUUUUGUAUAAAGGUGACCGUCAAUCCAAGCGCAUGUUCGAGGAAAAUAUAAUCACGGAAAUGGCCGAUUCGCAAGUCGCCAACAUAGUGAAUGAAAUAUUGAAAGUUGAGGCAGUAGAGGAAGCUUUUAGUAGUUUCCUGGUUCACAAACCUGAACAAGAAAAUGAGAGACUUUCAAUGUAUCAAAAGAAGCUAUGCAGUAUCUUGACAACUCUCAAUCCCGAUCUCCAAGAGUCCUCUAUCCGUCAAUAUCUUACUUUGACUGCAGUCUUGACAAACAAAUACAAAAUGAAGCAAUUGCUCACAUUGUUGGAGAAUUUGGUGAAUACAAAUAUCCUUCAAGCUCGGAUGUUGUGUGAUUGUAUUUUGACCAACGAAAAACUUAUUUAUCAGAAUGCUGACUUUUGGAUCGAAUGCUUUAGUUUAAUUAGAAGAAUAAUAGGAGGCGUUGAUUACAAAGGCGUUCGAGAAAUUAUGAAGGGAUGUCGCGAGAAAGCUCAUUCAUUACCCGUUAGUUUGAAUUCGAGUACAAUGCCCCAGUUAAAAGCGUUAUACAACGUGAUUGAAUAUAUUUUUGAUCGCAAUGCAUCCUUGUUACCUGCAUAUUUUAUUGUUACCGAAAUUCAAAAAGAUUAUCCUGAUAACAACCAUUGGCCACAUUGGCAAUUAGCAAAACUGUUGACUAGUUUUGUUGAGAGUACUAAGCCUUGCGCUCAAAUGGUUUCGAUAAUCGGUCAUUCUAAUAUGCUCCCUGUUGUCGAGUUUUCUGGAUUUGCUGAUCAUUUAGUGAAUCCAUGGCGUUUAGAUCCCACUACUCUGAAGUUUUCUUUAAAAGGCAACCUGCCAUAUGAUGAUGAACUGCUAAAACCACAAAUAGGAUUAAUAAGGCACGUCUUACAGCAGCCUUACUCCAGAGACAUGAUGUGUUCAAUGCUUGGUCUCCAAAAACAACACAAACAGCAAUGUAUUGCCCUUGAAGAUCAACUAGUAGAACUGAUGAUAUUGCCUAUGGAAAAAAGUGAACAGGAAAAUGAUGAAGAUGAAAUGUCACCAACACAUUGGUGUUGGUUGCAUCUAUCGUCACAAGUUAUUUACUUAAUAUUGAUUGGAUUCGCUUCUUUCCCCAACAUUGUUAUGGGCUUACACAAUAAACUUGUCGGUCAUGACAUGAAGAAAGGCCGAGAUCAUCUUAUGUGGGUUCUAUUACAAUUCAUAUCUGGAAGCAUCCAGCGGCAUCCACUUUCGAAUUUUAUACCCAUAAUUAAAUUACACGAAUUAUUGUAUCCUGAAAAAGAUCCGCUACCGGUACCAGAUUAUUCCAAAGCACAUUGUACUCACCAAAUGGCGGUUGUAUGUAUAUGGAUGCAUCUUUUAAAAAAGGCGGAGACUGAACACAAAACUAUGACAAUGCCGCCAAACUUAAAAGUGCAAUACGACUUUCUCCAGCAUCUUAUGACAUCAAAUAAUAUCCCGACUCUGGGCUCUGACUAUCGCAUUGCGUUGCUUUGUAAUGCAUAUUCAACGAAUCAAGAAUAUUAUGCGCGACCUAUGGGAAUAAUAAUCGAAACCUUAUUUGGAAAUCAGAAACCAUUGCCCAACGGGAGCACAACCGCUCCCUUGCCCACCGUACCAUUGUCGAUGUGCAUCCUGGACAGUUUGACUUUGCAUUGUAAAAUGUCUCUUAUUCACUCCAUAGUGACCCAUGUCGCGAAAUUAGCACAGAAUAAAACAAACAUUCCUGGUAACAAUAUGAUGUCUCCGGCACUUGUCGAAACGUAUAGCCGACUGUUGGUGUAUACUGAAAUAGAAUCUCUGGGAAUUAAAGGGUUUAUUAAUCAACUUUUGCCUAACGUGUUCAAAUCUCAUGCGUGGGGUAUACUACAUGAUCUAUUAGACAUGUUUUCUUAUCGGAUACAUCAUGUUCAACCACAUUACAGAGUGCAAUUAUUAUCAAACAUACAUUCUUUAGCAGCCUACCCUCAAGCUAACCAGACGCAACUGCAACUGUGUUUCGAAAGCACUGCUCUUCGCCUUAUAACGAGUCUCGGUAGCUCUGGCGUUCAGCUACAGAUGUCUCGUGUCGUAUCGGAGCCGAAGUCGCUUGUUUCGUCCGAGAGUGAAGAACUUAACAGAGUAUUAGUAUUGACUCUCGCUCGAGGGAUCCACAUGGCGGGCGCUGGUAGCGAUGGGGCAGCAGUUAAAGAACUUCUCACAACAAUAAUGACGAACACUCCUCACAUGUGGUCGCAGCAUACGCUCCAAUGCUUUCCACCUGUUCUUGUCGAGUUUUUUAAUCAGAUUUCGGCGCAAAAGGAAAAUAAACAGCUCUUGAAAAAAUCGGUAGAAGAGGAGUACCGCAAAUGGACAUCGAUGGCGAACGACAACGAUAUAAUAUCACAUUUCUCUGUUCCGGGUACACCACUAUUUCUGUGCCUAUUAUGGAAGAUGAUAUUUGAGACCAACCGGAUCAACCCUAUUGCUUUUAAGAUUUUAGAACGCAUCGGCGCUAGGGCUUUGUCGGCACAUUUGCGUAAGUUCUGCGAUUAUCUUGUAUUCGAAGUAACAGAUCCAGCCGGGGGUCCUCAUAUCUACAAAUGCGUCGAUGCGAUCAACGACAUCAUCUGGAAGUACAAUAUCGUUACAAUCGACAGACUCGUCCUAUGUUUGGUACUACGUCCGAACCCAGAUGGCAACGAAAGUCAAGUGUCACUCUACAUCAUUCAACUGUUGCUACUUCAUGGUUUUGAGUUAAGAAACAGGGUUCAAGAUUUCGUUAAGGAAAACUCACCAGAACACUGGAAACAAAAUAAUUGGUACGAAAAGCAUUUAGCAUUUCAAAGGAAAUAUCCCGAGAAGUUCACACCAGAAGAAGCGAGUGGUGCAUAUGGCGCACCCAUACCCGUUUAUUUGAGUAACGUUUGCUUAAGAUUGAUUCCUGUUUUUGAUAUAGUCGUACAUAGACAUCUGGAGAUACAUCAAGUUGCUAAAUAUCUAGAACAGCUAUUGGAACAUUUGGGAUAUCUGUAUAAGUUUCAUGAUCGGCCUAUAACCUUCCUUUACAAUACUCUACACUAUUACGAGAAGAAGCUACGCGAUAAACCGUUGCUAAAGCGUAAACUGGUGGGAGCAGUAUUGGGAGCACUCAAAGAUGUCCGUCCCGCCGGCUGGGCCGCCACUGAAACGCUGCAAAAUUUUCUGGCCAACACGGAGUAUGAUAACACUACGUGGGUUCCAGAUCUUAAUUAUUAUCUGAGUUUAGUCAAUAGAAUGGUGGACACAAUGAUGGGUAAUUCUCACUUUCCAAAUACUGACUGGAGAUUCAACGAAUACCCAAAUCCGUCAGCACACGCCCUGUACGUAACUUGUGUCGAGUUGAUGUCAUUACCAGUUGCGCCUAAUUACGUGGGGAACAGUUUACUCGAUGUGAUCACAAAAGGUUUCGUCGUAAUACCCACCACGAAAUUACAGCUUUGGAUCAACGCUAUUGGCUUAAUAAUGGCGGCUUUGCCGGACCCGUAUUGGACGGUUCUGCACGAACGUCUUUUGGAACUUACGACUAGCAGUGAGAUGAUCGAAUGGACAUAUCCAUAUUCACCUUUCCAGCUGUUUAAUUUAGCAACCACAAGUGACGCGAUGCUUGAGAACAAAUAUAGUUUGACAUUGGCUUGCGCGCAUGCCAUAUGGUACCAUGCCGGCGCAGGGCAAAUUAUGCAAGUGCCUAUUUUCGUAAAAGAGAAGCUGGCUGUUGAAAUACACACGGAAACACAAAUGCUCUUCUUGUGCCACAUGGUGGGACCGUUCUUACAGAGAUUUAAUUCCGAUCUACCGCGGACAGUGAUGGACAUAACUAUAACUUUGUAUGAACUACUCGCUCACAUCGAUAAGUCACAGACGCAUCUUCAAUAUAUGGAUCCGAUUUGCGACUUGCUAUAUCAUAUAAAAUAUAUGUUCGUCGGCGACACAUUGAAGAACGAAGUGGAAAACGUAAUCCGUAAACUGCGACCGGCGCUGCAGAUGCGUCUGCGCUUCAUCACGCACUUGAAUGUUGAACAAAUUAACACCGCCUAGCAUAAGGAGUAUAAUAGCCCUCCGUCGAGUGCUAGUUCGAGUUCCGAAUGACACCAGCCUGACAGUGUUUAUGUCACUGUUAUUCUACGAAAGAGAAACGACGGGGGUUAUCAAAAAAUUUUCGUAUGCCACGGGGAACAAAUUAAUUAAAUCGAAAAUUUUAAAUAAAUAGUUCAAGUGUUUAAUAUUUGAAGUGCUAGAAAAUAAAAUUAUAAGAGGAAUAAUAUUAUUAAAUUUUCUUAGGAUAUAAAAAAUAUGUUUGAUUGUACGUAUUUUAUUCGCUUGCGCAUCUUUUAAUCUGAAGAUAGAUAGAGUUAUUGUUAGCAAUUCAAGGAAAGUUUUUGUCAUCAUCGACAUUCGACAGAUGGCACUUAAGUAGUUUUAAUGAAAGAUUAUUUUCAUACAACAGUAUUGAGUCGCAUCGAAGCGUGAUCGGGUUUCACUUGUAUAAUACCAAAAAUAAUGUUUGUAUGCUUGUUCGCUCGUGAUCUAUGUGUUAGCGCUUUUAUAAGAUUGAUGAUUUUAUAAGAUUUGAAACUUUAUAUACUUGUUCUUACUGCAUGGAAAGUUUUCUCAGUGUGUGUCAGUGUACGAUAGUUAAGGCAGGUAUACCCUAAGAAAUGCGUGUUUUCCAUAUAUUUAUGCUCGGCAGGGUUUCACUAGUUCAAAAUAAGAAGAUAUUCAACAUUUAGAACGGUAUGAUAAUAUCAAAAUAAAAUGUGAAAUGAUUAGGUAGUUCUAGUUUGUAGGUACCUAUUUUGUAAUUUUUCUGCUAAGAAUUAGGACGUACUUUUACUUUUACAAAGUUUACUGAUACAGUUUUAUGUACAGGGCCUAAAGUUUGAAUUUUGUGUACAAUUUUAUAAUGUUUAAUCUGGUCUAUUACCUGUAAUAGGCCAAGUAAUUGUCUGAAUUUAUUAUGUGGUGUAUGUAUGUGUAUCGUUUGUCAAUACGAAUAGUUUUCUGAUCAUGUAGGUAUGUGUAGAAUAGCUAAAUUCAAUUAUUUAUUUUAUUGUAUAAAUAGCACUACAGAAGGUAUUCUUAGCCAAAUAUGGCUCGGUUUCUGACGAAUGAAUUGACUUUAUGAUUAAAUAAUUCAAUUAUUAUAGUAUUUAGUAUUGUGACAGGGCUAUUAUUGUAUAUAUAAAUGUAAUAUCUGUAUAAAGGACUAUACAUUUUUUGUAGAAUGACUAAAACUGUUAUACUGUAAGUCGAGCAAAAUACAUGCCUAGUUUUAAAUGAUCGAAAUAAAAAAAUACUCUGUUAUUCUAUUAAUGAAUUAUUCUGUAAGUAAUAUGUGUAAAAUGAUAUUUAGUUAUAAGCAUUCAGUAGAAAAAAAUGCGAAAGAAAAGAAUAAGCAGUGAAAAGUAAGAAAAAUUCCCGGCUCAUUUUAAUUUAUAUUUUUUUUAUGCAUAUAAGAUUUAUGGACAUGGAUAAAUAAUACUGUAUUUUGCAAUAAAUUUUAAUCACAAUUAACAUAAUUAUUUCUGUAAGCGAAAGUCAUAAUAGCUAAGUAAAUGUCUAUUAUGAAUUUGCUAAAGGAAAUAAAAAUAAAGCCAAAUAAACGAGGCAAUAUUUAAAAGAGAACAUUGAGCGCAUUAUGUUAAUAAGAAAAAAAUGUGUUACACACCGUGAAAGUAAUAGUUAUUAAACAUUGUGAUAUUCUUUAAGUUAUGAUCAUGAUAUAACAUCAGUCACUCUUGACCAUCUAAGUACUCGCAACGAACACUAUAAUCUCCUAUAAUACAUAUGUUAGAAAUAAUGAAAAAAGUCUAUGAUGUUUUUAGUGGUAGAUUUUGUUGUAAUAGGAAUGGAUAAAUGUAUAUAUAUGUUCAUGUUUCAUUUUAAUAGUCUAAAUUCAGUUCAGACUAGUCUGUCAGUUGUGCAAUACUUUACGAUGGGAACUUUUAGUAGCUAUUAAACAACAGCUGCUCUUUAAUAGAUUGCUCCAGAAGGCCGGUAAUGUGUAUGUAUAUGUGUUUCUUCGAUACGCUCUGCAAUCUGAAUGAUGGAUUAUUAUUUUUAACCAUGAAUUUCUUUACAUUACCUAUGAAUUAUAAGGGGGUGUAAACAUUUAUGUCGUAACUGAACUGGUGUCAAACGUAAGAUACUAAAUAACCAAUUCCAAAUGAAUAAAUAGGAUUGUGUUGCCAUUUUCAUAUAAACUUAGAAAAGACCAGCUUCAAAUCAUGUUUUUAUUUAUUUUAAUUUAUUUUUUUUUCCUUUGUUUUUUAAAUAUAUUUUUACAAAAACCAACAUUUUUACAGUGAACAUGAUACAGGUAUAUUAAUAGGUAGGUAAGGUCCGCAAUUUUUUUUUGUGAAAGACUGAUUUGAUUUAAUAAAAUUAUUAGCCGCAAAAUAAAUUAUGGCACCAUAUUAUUUGUUGGUUGCCCUAAACUGUUGUGGCACAGUUCAGCCUAAACAUAAAGCAUUUUGUAUCUUCAUCAUUGACAGAUGAUAUUACAGAUUCAAUAAUAAAUUAAUAUUAACACUAGUAGAUAUGUAACAAUCCCGUUAUAAACCCUAUUUCAACUUGCAAAUGUUUUGACUUUUGUUUAAUUACAUGAAUUUAAAUGUACUUAUCGCAAUGUAAUUUUAACUUGAAAUUUUAAUUAUUUAUUUGUGUGUAUGAAUCUUAUGUAUUAGUGCGUGUUUAAUUGCAAUGCAGUAAACAUUUGUGUCAAUUUUGAAGUAUAUACUACUUUCAGUUUUUAUGUAAAAUAUAAAUCUAUUCACUGACAUUUAAAUGGAUUUUAAUAGUCCAGUUAUAUUAUAUAAUUCAUUUUGUGAAUGUCUAAAUAAAGUACAAAUGGUAAUAUCUUA